UCGCCGCUCCCGCUCGCCGGCCGGCCGGUGCGCGCCGCACGCCAGUUCUGUUCGAAGCCGCGUCCGCUGCAGUCGUUCGCCGCGUCCGCUCGCACCAACUUUACGACCGCGCACGGAUCUUCCUUUGUCCCGAUCUUCGAGGAUCGAGCCCCCGUAUUAUGUUUCAGCGCGAGACCCGCGACCAGCCCCGGCCUUCUGAGGAGCCGGACCGCGCGCAGCGUGUGGAAUCGCGUCGAAAUUCGUUCAGCUCUCCCAAGUUUUGUGACGGUUACCCCGCGAAACGCGUUCGCCGGGCGAUUUGAACAGUGUUUUAGAGAUUUUUGUGGAACUGAGUGACCGCGCCGAGGCGUGAACUGUGAGUGAAGAUGUCGACGGGCAAGAGGCUCGCGAAGAGGUCGAUCAUAGGGACGCGCGUGGCCGCGCCGGUGGAGGACGGGCUGUACCUGUCGGGCACCAUCCAGGCGGUGAAGACGCCGUCCGCCUUCCCGGAGAACAACAACUGCAUCAACCUGACGCCGGCCACGCGCUACACGGUGCGGCUGGAGGGCGUGAAGGGCGCGCGCGAGUACCGCUCGGCCGAGCUCAUCGGGCCCGGCUUCCGCUCGCUGGCGGGCGUGCGCCUGCGCCCCCCGCAGCGCGUGUUCCUCACGCACAACGGCCGCGAGGUGUGCGCCGAGGUGCUGCAGCACGACGCCGCCGCCGACAUGCUGCGCGUGCGCGUGCUGGCGCCCCACGCCGAUGCACCAAUAGAACUGAAGAAGAGACUGGAUGAGAUAAGACUGCUGGAGUCGCGCAAAUCUGCCCGCCUGGCGGACUCUGACACGGACUUCGCGCGGCUGGCGGACAUGGCGGGCGACCGCCGCCGCGCCUCCGCCACCAUCGAGGUGCCCGCGCACCACAUGCAGGGGUCCCGCAAGCGCCGGCCCAGCAGCUCGGGAGACCUCGGCUACGGAGAGAGGGACGACAUGAUGAACGAGUGCAACGCAGCGCUGGUGCUCAUGUCCCUCAGCUGCUCGCCCAACUCGCCCCGGCCAAGUGCCUGGGGCGGCCGCUCCUCAGUGUCCCCCGGAGCCAGCAGCAGCUCGGGCUCCUCCUGGCGCUCGGGCACGCCGUCGCCGCCGCCCGCCUCCUCCUCUUUCAGCGACGAGUCCGGCAUCGCCAUUGAUUAUGAGGAUCUGCAUCCUAGGAAGAAGAAGAUCAACAGCGUAGUGUUCGAGUGCACCUGGCGGGGCUGCGGGCACACCACCAACUCCUGCGCGUUCAUCGAGGCUCACAUUAGGAAUACGCAUUUAGGGCCCAAAAAGGAGGGCGAGAGCGACCACGAGGAGGAGUUCUACUACACGGAGCGCGAGAUGGUGACGCCGGCCGCCGCGCCCACGCUGUCCCACCGCGACAUGUGCCGCCCGCCGCACGAGGACCCCGACUACCAGCGGCAGCUCGUCGGCUCCUUCAGGUCACUACCCACUCUAUUACUGUACGCUCUAGGUGCAAGUUGCCCUGGCAGAGACAUGUGCCGCCCGCCGCACGAGCACCCCGACUACCAGCGGCAGCUCGUCGGCUCCUUCAGGCAAGGGCUCCUGCAGCAGCAGCAACAGAACGCCUCCGCGAGGCCCAUCAGCAUUCCCGUCAUGCAUUCCUGGUCAAAUUCACACUCACCGAAGCACAUGCGCCUGUCGCUAGGCGGCGCGGGCGGCGGCGGCGCGGGGCGGCGCGCGCGCUCCGACAACAAGAAGUGCCGCAAGGUGUACGGCAUGGAACACCGCGAGCUGUGGUGCACCCAGUGCAAGUGGAAGAAGGCCUGCACGCGCUUCGGCGACUAGCCGACCAACACCCACAGACUCUAUGCUCACCCUAAGAUACAAUGUAUCAGGAGACAUAUUUUGCUCUAAUGUGGCUCGCCAAGUGACUGCAGUGAACAUUGCCCACGUAUUUCUGCCGCGGCCUCCGAGCGCGGACUGUCAAUAUUAGAUGUAAGCUGUGUUAGACUGAAGCGAGCGCGGUGUGAAAACUGACGAUUCCGGAGCGGCUGUGUCGAGUUUGUUUAUAAAAAGAUUUAUAUUUAUUUUUCUACGCGAUCAAACUGAACAAUAUUUUCGUAUAAAAAAUAAAAUCCAAUUGAAAAGCUAAUUUCUAAUAACAAAAAAAGUUUAUAACUGAGUAUUUCUGCUACUGUAGACGCGUAUUAAAUGACACACACUUAUUAUUUUUAUAUAAAUAAUUCCGUCCACAUUCUCGGAUGUGUUUGAGCGACGUUGUGUCCAUGUUUUCACACUGCGCGGCUCGCUGCUCUAAUGUAAACCACUCAAACUUGAAUCGACUGAAUAAUAUAUGAAUUAGUCAUAUUAUUGUAAGUUUUCUCAGAUUUGACUAAAAACUAUGACAUGUUUAGACUUAAAUUUUUGGUAACAUAUCUGUGUCGUAUACAAUAUGGUUCAGGAGAACAGGGAGAGAAUACUCAGUGUCGCCGACUAGUGAAGGACUGACGUAUCGGGUACAAGUGUACUUAACAGUCGCCACGGGACGAGCACCACCGGACGAGACGGCGGCCGCGGCCGGUGCCCCGGGGACCCGGUGACCCGGCACCGGACCGGCACCGGCCCGGCGCGGAGUGGGCGGCGCGCCGCGCCACGGGUGAGGAUACACUCAUGAACAAAGAAAGAAUCAAGGCGAAGGCGAUUGCGAGCUGCAAUAUUAUUUCAUAAGUAUUAUAUAAAUAGAGUAUGUAAAUAUUAUCUACAUUAGAUAUACUAAAUAUUUUUAAUAUAUUUAAAAGCAAUGUCAGAUUUGUAAAUAUGAAAUUCAUUAUUAUGAUAAUAUAUUGUUACUUAAUGUGAUAGUUUAAAUCGAAAACAUUUUUUACUGGUGAAACGAUUAGCGACGCGAAAAGUUUAUGACGUUGCGAAUAUAUUGUUUUAAAAGUAAGAAGUUUAAAAUAUGAAGGCAAAUUAUUUUUAUUGAUUGCAUAUAGUUACCAAUGUUAUUAUAUUAAAAAUCGUGUCUUAUACGUCAGCCAUUACGUAUUUUUACUAUAAUUUAAAUUAUCUCAAACGUUUUUUUAAAUACACCUUUAAGUAAAUCGACAAAUGUGCCAAUCUUGGGUUAACAUAAACUAGAAUGGCUUCUGCCAGGAUGGCCGGUGCUGCCGCCACUAUACGCACACUACUCUAUGAACUGUGUGCAUCUGCGCAUUUUAUAAUUGUAUUAACUAGUUGUAUAAAGUAUUCGGAAAACCAAUUAAUGUAUAAGAAAUACUCAAUCAGAAAAUUGAAUCUAAUUCAUUGUCAUUUCUAAAUCGUGAUCGUCUCCCUGUUCUGUAAGAUGAACAGCUUCCGGCCUCACUUCCGCCGCUUGACGACAUACAACUAUCGUACAGAAUAGGGGGUUGGUGCUAAAUUUACAUACCGGAAACAUUUAUUGAUCUUGCCACGCGCUUGUUUAGUUGAUUUUCGAUAAUUAGUUGACAUGACACGCACUGCGCUCCGAUACCAACACACAAACAACAUCAUUGCAAUAAUGGUUGUGAUACGCGACGAUCGACAAUACCACUCCAGCUGUCUCUGCUGCCGACAACUAGCUCCGCAACUAGCUCUUACUGAAUACAACUCAGCUAGCGAUUUAACAACUGCCAUAUGGUAAGAAUCGUAAUAGAUUAUAAAUCGAUGUAAGCAGUAAUAAUAAGUUGCAGUCAUAAUAAUAGUAUUUAAUAUAUUAGGUACAAUAAUAGAGUGUAUUAUUAUAACAUAGAGUAACAGUGAGCUACGUUUAAUGUGUGUUCCCAUUAACUUUUCUAUCUAACUGUUUCGCUAAACUUGAUAUCGGCUGAACUGAAUUAGAUGCCGCUCCUGGCUCUGCGCGAGAGCGGAGCGGGGCGGGGCGGAGCGGGCCGCUAUUCGCUACGGAGUACCAAAUCAAACAAAAGACAUACAUUACCCACAACCAAUCAGCUUUCACCGAACACUGUUCAAUUCAUACCGAUCUCAAUAAAUUGGAAGCUAUUAGAGAUAUUUAAUAGAAAAUUCAUUUAGUUUUAAGUUUUUUUUCUUAUAUUAUUAAAUAGCUUAUUUAGAGUUUCUUUUAUUAUUUUAAACAAAGACAGAAGUUUAUUUUUAUUAAGACAAUUUGUAAAUAAUUUUGUUUACGUAUGAACUUAUAUUUAUUUAGCUAAAUUUUUGCUCAAUGUUGUAUGCACUCAACACCAAAGUCAUAAUAUUUUUAAUAAAUUAAUAAACUGUGUAUCACAUAUCAGUACAAAAAAUGCAUAAUUAUUAUUAUGCUGAUUUACAUGGGAAAUAACAGUUUGAAUUAAGUACCUAUUUAUCACAAAGCUGCAUUAUAUGCACUAUAGUGCUGAUGAACCAAUCUACACCGGGCUAGUCUAGACUUAGUCGAGCGUGAGUCGGUGGCUGUCGCUGCAAGCACACCGAGGGUGGUUUCACAUGAGAUAUUUGCAUACUUAUCAAUCUUAUCACAUAAUUCCGACAGGUAACCUAACGCCCUUUCUCCCUACGAAACAAAAUUAUAGCUUAACUUAACCGACGUACAAAAUAAACUUGUGCCUACUAUGCUCCUGUUAGUCUUUAUAAACAUUAUUUUUCCACUUCCUUUCACUGUUAUGUAAAUAAUGUAAAUUCCAUAUGAAUUAGAUUAAUCCAAGCAGAUAAAACACCAAUACCUUAUUUUAUAUUUAGUACUUAGAACGCGGUAUUACUGUUGUCGUGGGCACAUAAUGUAAAUUGAAUAUACAUAACAACAAAAUAUAUGCCACAUUACUUUAGCUACGUUACUUAUUUACUUAAAGAAUGUACAUAGGAUAAUAAUUCUUCACUUGAUUUACUAAUGUAUGUAAUGGAUAUUGAAAACACAAAAUCGUGUAAUAAGUAUAAUUUAUUUCUAUUUCAUUUCUAAGAUUAUGAUGGCCUUUGAUUUUCUUGUAAAAUAUUCACACCAUAUAAUAUUAAAAUUAAUUUACAUUAGCCCUUAAUUUGUCCAAGUUAAUUAUGUUGUAUCUGUAAAUACGCCUAACUCUGAAAUUACAUAAUGUACCUUUUUCAUAUGUGGGCAAUCAUAGCUUAUAAAAUAUGUCUCCUCUCAACCUACCAUUAUAGUAUGUGUAACAUAUUUCGAGAUAUACGUAACAUGUUAAGAAUAGUAUCCAUUUAUCUUUAUCUCAAUGGAAUUAAGCCGUAUUGUUGUGAUUUCCACGCCGAUCUCUGCAUGUGUAGCGGCGCUACAGACAGGUCAGCCUCAGUUGGUUUGCAAGCUCAGUAACAGAAUACAUUCAACCGUUGUUAUGUUGUUGUUAUACAUCCGACACAAAACCGACCUGCAAUAUUAUUAGUUAUUUAGAUAUUAAGACGUGUUAGUUUCGCCUUAGAUCCGGCCCCGUGCCGUUUGAUGGUUACCAGUAGGUGUAAGGUAUGCUUAUGAUCAAACGAUGUUGUUCUUCGCUCAGAGGAGCUGCGUGUUUAUACCUAGUUGUCAAUAUCACAGCAGUUCUUGGCGGCGGUCAGUGCCGGCGCUGGGACGCCCUCCCGCGCCGCCGCUGCGACACCACAUGGUAGAAACUAGCUGGCAGUUAAUCUACUGUGAUAUUCAUAAUUCUAUUUAUUCUAUUUUCUAGAUCAUUAUUAUUUAUGAUGACUUCAAUGUUGAAUGUGAGUGUGUGUUAGUUAUAUUUUAUAAUAAAAUCAAAUUAGAGUAGAUGUUAUUUUAUAUUUUAAUGAUAAAGGUCCAGAAUGUGUUCCAAAUUAUUGAUUUAUUAAGAGUAGAUAUUAUACAAAUGAAAUGUUUUUGUUAGAAUGUUGAAACAAAAUAUUCAUAGAAUGAAAUCAUAUAAUGUUAUCAUAGUACCUAGGAUUAUCUAUUCCAACUUGUUUGAAACAUCACAUUGGACAGCCGUUUGCGUUGAUCACAUUAGCUCUCUAUGUACGAAUAUAUCAUGUACAUUUCCUUGUGACCAACAUUUAUAACAACUCAUGUUUUCCCAAUAAUAUUCUACAACCUGCAGGUAUGUAGGUAUAUGUAUAUUGUUAUACUUAAUGAAUAUACCUACUGUAGGUAACUACAAUUAAACAAAGUUGUAGAGUAUUAUUCAGCUCAUUGUAUGUUGCUAAUUGUAAAUGUUUUGCCUGAAACGUUAUACCUCAAGUUUAGAAUGAAAAAUUGUGAGUUUAUUUUAAAAUAAUAUAAAUAUAUGUAUUAUACUACCUUUUAGACCAAAACUGGCAGUAUUUUAUUAUUCAAACCUUAAGUGUCUUCGUCAACAAUAAUAAUUAUAAUUUAACUAAACACUAUCUUUAGGAACGAGAAAUUUCGGUUCAAUUGCGAAACACGACUCUAUCACGUUGCAUUACAAGUAUCGAUGGCGUGGCAGCGUUCCGAUAUUUCCUAUUCCUAAGGUUGGAGUGACCCUUUUGGUUUGCUCGAAACAUCGAAUAUGUAUAAAUAUGAAAUUAGCCGGAUUUUGCGGCUCUUCUCACUAAAGUUUUAUUAUACUACAACUAUAUGCCAUGCAGAUAAUUAUGUUGAGACGAACAAUAAUGAAUUGGUAUGGAACAACUCUUGACCUAUCAUUAUUUAAUCUGACCGUGUUAUUAUACAUAGAUAUAUUUACAAAUAUAAACAUUAGAUUUUAUUAAA